AUGACUGCCCUCCCGCUCCUGUCUGCCUCCAAUGGCUCCCUUCCCGCCGCCGUCCCGGCCGAAGACCCGGCUGGCGACGUCGUCGCUUCAAUUGCCCAGGCUCAGACCAUCAGCGCUGAUGAGAUUGCCUUAUAUGACAGGCAGAUUCGUCUCUGGGGCGUCCAGGCCCAAGAGAGGAUACGCACGGCAAACGUCCUGCUCAUCUCCAUAAAGGCUCUCGCAAACGAAGUCGCAAAGAACCUCGUUCUCGCCGGUAUUGGUUCUCUUACCAUCGUCGACCACGAAACCGUCACCGAAGACGACCUGGGCGCACAGUUCUUUAUUGCAGAGGGUGACGUAGGCAAGAACCGCGCGCAGGCUGCCGCGCCCCAGAUCCAGAGGCUCAACCCGCGCGUGGCUGUCCACGUUGAUACUGCCGACAUCCGCUCGAAGGGCCCGGAAUUCUACCAACCUUACGAUAUCACAAUCGCCACGGAUCUCGACUUCGCUACUCUCUCCACCAUAGACGCGUCCACUAGGUUGUCCAACCGGCCUUUCUAUGCAGCGGGUGCUCAUGGAUUCUUCGGCUAUGUCUUCGCCGACCUGAUCGCGCACGACUACGUCAUUGAGCGCGUAAAGUCCAACGUCGCUACUGUCCUGAAGCCGGAGUCCGCAACCAGGUCUAUCAUCGCCGUUUCGCAUAAAAAGGAGAAUGGCAAGGAUGUGGAGUUGGUGACGAAGCGAGAGAUCUACUCUCCCCUCCUGCUUGCCAACACCUCACCACUACCUCCCGACUACCAAAACAACCGUCGGAGACAGCGUCAAGUUACACCUCUGCUGACUUGCAUGCGUGCGGUGUGGGAGUUUGAGAAGCUGGCUGGCCACAUUCCCGACGUGAACAAGCCUGCCGACCUGCAACUAUUCACCACACUGGCGACUGAGAAGCACAAGGAGCUCACUCUCCCCAUCGAGACGCUGACCAGCGAGUUCUUGCGGAGAUUCCUCCAGAACCUGGGAAGCGAGCUGGCGCCCGUGACGGCCUUCUUGGGAGGUCAGCUGGCUCAAGACGUUAUCAACGUCCUGGGCAAACGCGAACAGCCCAUUCAGAACCUGCUUCUCUUCGACGGCGAGGAGUCGAAGGCCCCUGUCUACGCCAUGCAUCCAAUCUUCACAAGCUAA